GUUCCUGAUUGGCUAAACGAUGGCGGCUGGAAGAGGUGAGUGUUUUCGGAGUUUCGCCGACGGUUUGAAGAGAAAUCCCGCGGACCAGGUUCCGUGUAGAAGACAGCCGGGUCGAGGUAGGGGACGGCCCGGACCGGGCAGGCGGCCCAAAGCAGCACCGAACCCGGCGGGGACACGCGGAAACUACCCGGCCAGACAUCUUUUCCAUCCCAGGAAAAACUUUCUGGAAAGGCUGCCUUCUGAGAUUCUGAUUAAGAUUCUGUCGUACCUGGAUGCAUCCGCGCUGCUCUGCGUCAGUCACGUCAACAAGCUCUUCAACCGGCUCACCGGCGACAAUGUCAUGUGGUAUAAGAUUUACAUGUCAGAGUUCGGGAAUAUUCAGAAAUGGAACCUGAAGUCCAAGGGUGAUGUGGCCUCGGACCUGGACGGCCUGAAGAUGCCGGCUGGAUAUUGGAAGCAGCUGUACUUCACGGUCACGAUCGGACAGGAGAUGAGCAAGUGGAAGAGACACCUGAGACACAUCAGUCCGUACACAGGACUGCCCAGCCUGACCGAGUGGAUCCUCAGGAACUGGAUGGUAAACUGGGAGCUGACGGUCUGUGAUUGGUCGGGAUGGGAGAGCACGCUGAAGCAGAGUCUGGUUUACUUUUCUGAGUCGUCCGCCAUUGUUUGCUGGCGUGGAGGCUGUUGGCCGCCGUACAGUCGGAUCAGUUACAUGCAGUUGCACGGAGUCAAGAGUGAGGAACUGCAGAACCCCCAAGUCAACAACCGUUGGCGUUCUCUGAUUUUUCAGAUGGACAUGAAAACUGAAGCUGGUCGGUUCAUCGGCAAAGACAAAAUGGUCAAACUGAUGCUUCUGACCUCAGGCUUCAUCAUCGGCAUCUGGAGGGGUCGGGGCACCAUCGCCUUCAUCAUGGUCAGUCUGCACUUCCACAGGCUGGUGGAGAAAAGUCUGCUGGGAACUCCAGCCUGCCCGUACUCUGAGUCUGUGGACAGGCCUCCAGCGACUUGCUCCAACCCUGCAUACGUUCUGCAAAGCUACACGCUUCACAUUGUCCUGCACAACCCCAGCACUGUGUUCAUGUCGGGGCAGUUCAGUCACCUGCGAUGUCACCCAGCUGAUAUCCGUAAUGGGUUGAUGAAGCUGAACGCCAUCAACAUGUCCAAAGUGUGGCAGCACAGAUCGCUGUCCGGAAACAUCAAGUUUCCCUGGAGGACCGAGGACUUGGAGGGCUCAGUGGAUGGCUGCUGCAUCAUGACGCUGACUCUGCUGGACAUCUCUCAGAAACCCUUCUGGUGCGUCACCCAUCCCGUCUGCAUCAAAAUUGCCAAGAAUCUGGAGUCUUUGGCGUACAGCGGCGAGCACUAUGUGAUUGACUACCACAGCCCGGACGGCCAGGUGAAGAUGCUCCUAGUCUGGAUGAAUGAAGAGAAGCAGUUCUUCCUCAUCAGCCUCUGCCUCUUUGUCUCUGUUGCCAGAGUUAAAAAACACUUCAGCGGCUGAACCUGAGCUGCUGAGGUCACUUUGGUUUUCCAAAUGUUCCUUCAGUUCUCUGUUUCAUCAUCAUUUAUUUGUUACACAAAAAUGAAUGUAGUUUCUGUGAGACUGGAACUAACGAUUAGGCUUGUUUUGUUGUUGGAGUACUACAGACUCCUUUUUUGUGUUAAAAUAAAAAAGUUAAUUUAUUUU